AUGAAGAUAUCUGUUUCCUCGUUUUUGGCGUUUUCUACGCUUAUUUACCAUUCCACAUUAGCCACGACCCUGAAACCAUCGCGAAAAGACACUUUAGAAUCAUGGAACUCUGUUCAAGCACGACACCUAUCUCCGGCAUAUCCUCAUGGUGGUCUUCGGAAACGGCAGCCUGGCAAGAUACUAGGAAAUGAAGCCAGACUCGAUUUUGUUGAUCAUUUCACUCAUGUUACUGCACGGUCGAAUGACCCGGUUCUUUACGCUACUUUAAACAUGCGAAGUAACCAUCCUGUUCUAUCGAUAGAAGAUUUAGAAGAUGGCCUCGUGGAUGUUACCUGUUCUGAGGAAGGUAUCAAACUGACCUUCAGCACUUCACAGUAUAUGGAGCAGGUUAGCAAAGAGCUUGGAAACACCGACGAAUUCGUUGCUAUCUCAUCACACUGGGGAUGUAAUGAAAAAGAGGAGAGGGCACCGCAUAUGAUUACGGGUAUCACUGUUAACAAGGACGAGAAUAGUGUUCUGCUCUCGCGGAAGGAUGUCCAAUGGAAAGAAGCAUUCCACAGCAUCGAUGUCUCCUUUUCGCACAAGAAGAGCAGCAGCGUCGUCAGACGUAGUCAAAAACCCGUGAAUCCGAACCGGCGCAGAAGUGGCACACGGACACCUGAAGAAUCACCAACUUCUACUGUCCGCGACGUCGUCUUCCCUGGUGUGCCUUCAAAUAUCCCUUAUUUAAAGGACGGUGGGGGACGAAUUAGUGUUAACCAUAAGGGUAGAAAGCUUGUGCCUCUCGACUCGGAUAUAACCAACAUUUUGGGAUUCACCGAUGAUUCCGGCCUGGUCUCUACCCUUGCAUUUAUCAGCGAAGGACGGGUCGAUAUAGAACUAAGUAGAGUCUUUGCUCGGAUGGAGCUUGAGCUGGCCUUGGAAGCUGGCAAGGAGCUGCUUAACUUCACUGUGCCAAUGCCUUCGGCCCCCCUCAGUCCGUUUACAAUCCCCCAAGUGGUUGAUUUCGGGGCCAUAUUGGUCCCUCAGGUGUCUGUAGAGGUCGCUCUGAGCAAGCCAUUGAACCUCACUUACGGCGUGGACAUCUCAGUUCCAGAGGACUCAUUCAUCUCACUUAACUUUGGAUCUCCUGCAAACUCAACUAUCAAAGGGCUUCAACAUACUACCUUUACGGAGAUUCCCUUCCAGUCCCCCCAGGCUAUCACAGAUCUUACUUUCUCUGUCAGCUUCUCACCGGAGAUCCUCUUCGGCCUGCGCUCUCCUACCGGAAUCAUUAGUGGUGGAGCUGGCGUGGCCUUCAACAUGCCUCAGGCGUCAGUGAAAGUCAGUCAGCUCGACGACGUCAACGAAGUCUGUGAAAAGAUCCCACAUGCUCCAGGGAUUGAAGACGACAUGACCAAGAAAGACAGCCUCUUUGGCAACUUCACGCGUGUUGAGCCAUCUCUCGAGUUCAACGUCAUCCCUUUUAUUGAAAUGCAGCUUGACCUACCUCGUGGUGAGGUUCUUCAGCAGCUUGAGGCCACUGUCACUUCUACACAGUUGAGUCUGCCCACUGCUUGUUUGGCCUUCGACCAGAAGAUGAGCACAUAUGGUGCUCCGACCCAGGUUUUGGCAACCUCAACUGCCGGUCCAACUGCCACAGCUUCCGAGGCAAAGAAGGGGGCUGCUGGCCGAUCCGGUGUUGCAAAUACAUGGUCAGUGUUGUGCAUCUCUGUCCUUGUAUCAGCGGUAUUUAUUGCUAUGUAG